AUCACAUGACUAGUCUACCUAACAUUAGGCUAGCUAUUCAAUCACCUUUGCAUUAACACCCUUGGUGGCUAGUUUUCCCAUACCCAAAUUAGCUGUUCAGCAAGGGAACAUGAAGACUUCUCGGCUGUGCGUGGCCUUCAUUCCGUUUUUAUGUUAUGGGGCAAUGGGAAGUAAAUAUUCCAGGGAAAUGAAUGAGCACGAGCCGCCUGCUGAAGAGAAAAAGACGGUAGAGUUCAGAAUUGCCAAACUGAACCAGGUGUGGGAGAAAGCGCUCAGGAUGCAGCUGCCUCCAGUGAGGUUGGCAGAGCUCCACAGCGACCUGAAGAUCCAAGAGAAGGAUGAGCUCCAGUGGAAGAAGCUGAAGGCAGAGGGUAUGGAUGAGAAUGGAGAAAAGGAAGCCAAGCUCAGGCGGAGCUUCAGUGUCAUUCUUGCCAAAUAUGGAAUGGAUGGGAAGAAGGACACCAGGCAUUUGGAAAGCAACAGUCUGAAAGACCAUGAGAGACAGGAAGGGGAUACCUUUGAUGAUCCCCGACUGGACAAACUCUGGAACAAGGCUAAGACAUCUGGAAAGUUCACUGAGGAGGAGCUAAUAAGUCUGCGGCGGGAGUUUCAACACCACAAGGACAAGAUCCAUGAGUAUAACAUUGUAAUGGACACCAUCAGCAGGACAGAAGAAAUCCACAAGAAUGUCAUCUCUCCUUCGGAGGGGGACAACAAGGAGAACGUCCUCCACCAGAAGCACAUGGACUUGAAGGAGAAGAUGCGAAGUCUCAACCAGGGCUUUGAGCGCUUGCGCAAGCUGAGCCAUGAAGGUUACAGUGAAGACAGUGAGUUUAAGGAGCCAAGAGUCAUCGAGCUGUGGGAUAUGGCCAAGCAGGCGAACCUCAGUGACGAUGAGCUGGAAUCACUCAAGGAAGAGCUGAAGCACUUUGAGACCAAGGUGGAGAAACACCAGCACUACCAGGAGCAGCUGGAGCUGUCCCAUCAGAAGCUGAAGCACGUGGAGUCCUUGGGGGACAAGGAGCACAUCCUGAGGAACAGGGAGAAGUACAACAACCUGGCAGAGAAGACCAGGGAGAUGGGCUACAAGAUGAAGAAGCACAUGCAGGACCUGACCAGUAAGAUCAUGCGCAAUGGACUCCAUCACAAUGAACUCUGAAGUCAGAGCUGACCACCUGCCAGUUUUUUGGCAUCUUAUAAAGAAAUAGUUAUAGAACAAUUCCCUUUCAACACUUUAUGGUCCAGUAUACUGUCAUUAAGGAGUCAGUGUGAUGUGUUUUUAUGUAUUUGAUUUAAAGCAGUUGUUGGAUUCUCUAGGAUGUAGAAAUCAGUGGCUGCGGAAAAUCAAAUCACAGAGCUGGAAACUACUGUUUAUUUGAAGAUCCUGGCACGCAAGCAUAUGUUUUAUUAUUAAUGCUUCCCUUGCCUAUUAACUUUGAUUACUUGUGCAUCACAUGAGUAUUAAUGUGUAGAAGACAGAUCAGUGUGCUUGGAAGCUGGAUGGAUGGGAAUAAGUCGUCGCCCUGCACAGUGGACCGUUUUUCACAAAAGCAGCUGCAGUAACGGAAGUGCUCUGUCGCAGACUGGAGUUUUCAGGGGAUCAUCCAGCAGCUGAAGUCAGGUCAGCUGCCACAUUUGGCUAUUCCCUCCUCAUGUGCACUUAAUGUAAAUCAUUUAUUACUGCUCCUAUAACAGCCGUAAUUAAGGUAUUCAGUUCCACUGAGCUUAGGAUGAGCGUCGCACACCUUUAGGUGCAAAUAUUGAACACUUGUAGACAUGCAGAGUCAAUUCAUUCAGUUGCAUCAACAGAUUUUCUUUAAUCUGCCCUUUAAAAAUGUGACACUGUUUGUAGGGUCUGGUUUUUAUAAAAUGCAUCAAAAUAUAGCUUUCAUGUAAUACCUCAUGCAGUACCUUCAAUAAAAUGUUUACCCCCGACAGUACACUGAGAACCUUAAUUUAAAUACCUGUCUGAACUGUUCCAAAAAAAUGCAAUUGGUCAGCAAAAUUGUAGGCAAAGAUAGGGCUGCAUUGUGACUUAUUAGUUCAGGAGAUCAAAAGUAAAGUUUUAAACUUGUAUAUGAUCUUUAUUACAAAGUUCCAAGAAAACAGAUCCAUUCCACUGUUUACAUAAAAUCCUUGUAUGUACAAAUUAAAGGAACACACAUCACUUACAGCACAGAAGAUUAUUUACAGGGCAUCUAAACAGCCAGAACAAGAGCUGGGAAAGCACUAGCUGUUUUUCUGUGCUUGCAUGUAAAUGAGCUCACAAAUUUUUUUUUUUUCCUGUUGGUUUAAAAAAUAUAUAAAACCAACUAUAUACUAAAUACUCAAAUUAACCUUGACCCUAUCUAUGUGUAUUGUUACACACUUCCAUGCUUCCUGCAAAACAGAACAAAAAGAGGCUUGAACCUAGUUUCAUGAAAUCUAAUUUCUAAAAUCG